GCGCCCUAGUCCAGCAUGACCUUCCUCGCCAUCGGCGGCAACGGCCGCAUGGCCGCCAGGGAGGCCGCGGCCGCCGUCCCCGCGGCCACGGCGGCGCCCCCGGCCAUGUUCGGGACCAGGCACAUCCAGGCCUUCAUGACGUUCCUGUGCUUCGUGCAGGCCUACGUCGUCGUGUCCUGCAUGUCGGUGGCCAUCGUCGCCAUGGCGGACGACCCGGAACUGAACUGGAGCUCGGAGCACCAGAGCGUCGUGAUGUCCGCCUUCCUGUGGGGCUUCUGCGUGUCCCCCAUGCUGGGUGGCCGCCUGGCGCUCGUCUUCGGCGCCAAGAACGUCCUGCUCAGCUCCAUCGCCCUGUCCACCGUCGGCUCCUUCGUGCUGCCCCUGGCGGCGCAGAAGGGCGGCUGGGAGGCCGCGUGCGCCGUGCGGGUCAUGCAGGGCCUCUUCCAGGGUCCGCUGGCCCCCGCGACGCACGCCCUGCUGUCCAAGUGGGUGCCGCCGUCCGAGCGCUCCAGGCUGGGCUCGUUUGUGUACGGAGGCGCUCAGUUUGGCACGGUGAUCGGACUCCUGUUCACCGGGAUCCUGACCGACAAGCUGGGUUGGCCCUCGGUGUUCUACGGCGCCGGCAUCCUGGGCGUGCUGUGGACCCUGGCCUGGCUGUACCUCGGCGCCGACACCCCCGUGGCGCACCCGCGCAUCGACCCCCAGGAGCGGGACUACAUCAAGGAGCAGGUCUCGGCCAACGCCAGCCUCGCCAAGGUCGUGUCCACGCCGUGGCGCGUCGUGCUCACCUCGGCGCCCGUCUGGGGGCUCACGGCGGCCCACUGCGGCCAGAUGGUCGGCUACUGGACCCUGCUCACCCAGCUGCCCAACUACAUGAAGAACGUGCAGCAGUACGCCAUCAUGGAUAACGGCAUGGUGUCCGCGCUGCCGUACUUCACCAUGUGGCUCGCCGCGCUGCCCCUGUCCUUCAUCUCGGACGCCCUCAUCAAGAGCGGCAAGCUCAACACCACGGCCAUGCGCAAGAUCGCCAACACCAUCGCCCAGUGGGGCGGCGCCAUCAUGCUAGGCGUGAUCGGCACCGGCGUGUCCGACUCCUCCCACGUGCUGACCAUCGUGCUGCUGACGUGCUCCAUGACGCUGCUCUCCGCCAUGUACCUCGGCUUCCAGAUCAACCACCUGGACCUGUCGCCCAACCACGCGCCCGCACUCAUGGGCUUCACCAACCUGUGGGCCAACCUGCUGUCCGUCCUCGGCCCCCUCAUCACCCCCCUCAUCGUCACCAGACCGACCGACCCCGCGCAGUGGCACGUCGUCUUCUACUCGGCGGCCGCCGUCUUCCUGGUGGCCAACACUCUGUUCCUGCUGUUCGGCACGGCGGAGACGCAGCCCUGGAACACGCUGGGCCUGGAGACCAAGGAGGACCUGGAGUCCAACAUGCAGACCAACAUCUCCACCAUCACGCUCUCGGGCGACGCCCUCAAGGGCGGCCUGAAGCACGUCAGCUGAAGCGUGAAUCCGUGUUCUGGCGGACCAGCGCUGCUUUUGGAGUGCCUCUUUCACCCCGGUGGUUUCAGGGGUUUGAGAGUUUGCGAGUCGUCCCGGCCCCCGAAUCGGCGCUGGGCAGUUCUGAUCGACCACUCACUCCCAUUACGUCAUCUUUCUACAGUUCCUAGAGGACUGAAAAGAAACGGAGAACGCUCCGCGCCGACUGAUAACUCGAAGCGUUUUCGUGCUCUUACUGUGAUAGGUCAAGUUCCUAGAUAAGUUAUUCUUGUUCUCGCCGUGCCUGACCCUAGUCGGUCCUGGACUCGCGGCGACCGUGUAUUGUUACUGUGAGAAAUGAAAGAUCUCUCCAUUUGCUAAGGAUAAUUUAUAAGUGUUAGAGUAGUGGCCCAUUUCGACUUCAUUGUUUGGGAUUGACUGUUUGUCGUUAGGUACCGAAAUCAUUCUAACGGAAAAUUAUGGCACGAUAUUUGACCUGUUGCUGUGCCAUGCUGUGUGAAUCCAUGUUUUGUCACUGUUGUAUGUUGUUUUGUCAAAUAAAAAAAACAUUUUGAAAAUCAAUA